CAACACAUACAAAACUUUCAUAAUUUUACAAUACGGACUCUACAGGAUAUUGUGGAACCUCGCUUAUUACAAUAUGUGAAUCGUAAGGGUCAAAUCAUAUAUGCUGGAUAUCUUCUGAAUGCCCUCAAAGAGUUCGUAAGACGUUAUAAUGCAACAUUGCAAUUUUUACCCAAGCUGCCAGAGGAUAAAGCAUUUCAAAAGGCAUUUGCAAUGAUACAACACAAACAAGUGGACGUAGUUUGUUAUAUUACCGAGAUACCGUGGCAACUGCCCAGCACAGCUCCUCUCUAUCUGCUUCGCAGCUACAUUGCCGUGCCACAUUCGCGACCCAUUGCCAGUUAUUUGUACUUUGGACGACCUUUCACCUGGAAUUUGUGGCUCGCCGUGGUUGCUACUGUGGUUUAUGGUAUGAUUAUGCUUUAUGCAAGUUGUGGGUCUGCCAGAUCGGAAUUCGGACUUCACUUACUUAGUAGCUUGUGUCACAUUUUAUUUAUUUCACAACCACAACAGAAUAUCUGCCAUUGGCAACAGUUUGCAAUACACUUUAUCAUGAUUCUCAGUGGAUUUAUACUGACUAACUUGUAUCUGGCGAUGUUGUCAAGCAUGCUAACUUUGGGUUUAUUUGAGCCACAAUUUAAUACUCUUCAAGAUCUGAAACAUUCUUCAUAUCCAUUGAUGGUCGAUGACUAUUAUAUAGACUAUCUAAAACAUGCCGUUUCUCUACCAGCAGAAGUCAAAGAUCAGAUGCUCAUCGAAACCAAGGAAAACUUAUUCAUCGCGCGCACUGGUUUGAACACUAGUUAUAUGUACUUUAGCUAUGAGGAUCGAUUGGAGGCAAUUCUAUAUCAGCAACACUUACUGAAAGUGCCUCGAUUUAGGGUCAUACCAGAAAGCUUUAUGGACGGACUCAUGGCACUUCCAACAGCCCCAUCUUUGCCAUAUCUGAGCCUUCUUAAUGCAUUCUUAAGGCGAAUAUUUGAGUGCGGAGUUUUGAACAAGAUGAAGAGUGAUGCCUGGAUGGAUGCAAUCGAUAGUGGAAUAUUCAGAUUGAUGAGAAACGAGGGAACGGAACGAUACGAUUUGGAUUUCUAUUUCUUUGUCUUUGUGCUCUGGGCUGUAGGUUUGACUUUGGCUGGACUUUGUUUUCUUAUGGAGUUGUUGAGAUGGCACAUCAAUGCUAUUCUCUUUUCCACAUAA